CCCAGCCAGCCGGGCUGGAGCUGCUUCCUUCUGCCGCUGGACUCGGGUCGGAGCUGGGCGGCUCUCCGUCCCCUGCAGGUGGAAGGACUGUUUAUCAAUCCCAAUCAGCUGACUGACUUGCAUCAAUGUAUCAGUUUUAAGGAUCCAUUAAGUGAUGUAAAGAUGUCACCAGGGAGUUGUAUAGGAGCCCUAAAUCUCAGGAUGUAGAAGGAUCAUAGGAGGGGAGCCUACAUCGAAAACCCCCAGCUCUGAAAAGAAGUUGGACUGCAAGAAGAGACUUCUCCCCUCUCAUCACAUGAGACUGUUAACCUCAGUGUUCUAAGGUGAUUUGGCUAUUUUCAAAGUUCACCACAAACUUUUAAGUCAAAUCUGAUCUGCGAAAUGGAAUAAGGCUGGCAAAUUAUCCACUUCUUUCCUCCUAUGUGAGACUGAGACUAGAUUGGGAUGGUUUUUGGUGCUUGUGACUAGAUUCUCACUGCAACCAUGAGUUCAGAGGAAAAGGGCAUAUCUCCUGCUCACAGAACCUCCACUCCAAGCCAUAGAAGUGCCUCCUCUUCAUCAUCCUCCCAAAGGGAAAGUAGACAGAGUGUCCACAUUUUAGAGAGGAAUGCUUCUACUGGUAAUGAGCCAUCUGCAAGCAGGCAGUUGCUAGAAACUGAACCUGUCUCACUAUCUAAGGAGGCCGACAGCUGGGAAAUAAUAGAGGGCCUGAAAAUAGGCCAGACUAAUGUCCAGAAGCCAGACAAACAUGAAGGAUUUAUGCUGAAGAAAAGAAAAUGGCCUUUAAAAGGCUGGCACAAGAGGUUUUUUGUCCUGGAUAAUGGAAUGUUGAAAUAUUCAAAAGCACCACUUGAUAUUCAAAAAGGCAAGGUCCAUGGCAGCAUUGAUGUUGGCUUAUCAGUUAUGUCGAUUAAAAAGAAAGCCCGGAGGAUAGACCUUGACACUGAAGAGCACAUCUAUCAUCUAAAGGUGAAAUCCCAGGACUGGUUUGAUGGUUGGGUCUCUAAACUCCGCCACCACCGAUUAUACCGUCAGAAUGAAAUUGUAAGGUCACCAAGGGAUGCAAGCUUUCACAUAUUUCCUUCAACCUCCACAGCAGAAUCUUCACCAGCUGCUAAUGCUGCAGUUAUGGAUGGAAAAGUACAACAGAACAGCUUCCCAUGGCAGUCUCCUAUACCGUGCAGUAAUAGCCUUCCUGCAACUUGCACCACUGGUCAGAGUAAAGUAGCAGCUUGGUUACAGGACUCUGAAGAAAUGGACAGAUGUGCAGAAGAUCUUGCACACUGCCAAUCAAACCUUGUGGAACUUAGCAAACUACUUCAGAAUUUAGAAAUACUGCAAAGAACUCAGUCAGCACCAAACUUCACUGAUAUGCAGGCUAACUGUGUAGAUAUUUCAAAGAAAGACAAGCGGGUCACAAGACGAUGGAGAACAAAAAGCGUCAGCAAAGAUGCAAAAAUACAACUUCAGGAAGGGCCACCUCCGAAGGGCCAAUUCAGCACCACACGGCGCCGACAGAGGCUAGCAGCGGCAGUGGCUACAACAGUUCCUUUCAGUGCAACAAUGUCACCUGUUCGGUUGCAUUCCUCCAACCCCAACCUUUGUGCAGAUAUUGAAUUUCAAACUCCCCCAAGUCACCUGACUGACCCCCUGGAAACUUCCACAGAUUACACAAAGCUUCAAGAAGAAUUUUGUCUCAUUGCUCAGAAAGUGCAUUCCCUUUUGAAGUCUGCUUUUAACAGCAUAGCUAUAGAGAAAGAAAAGCUAAAGCAGAUAGUUUCUGAACAAGAUCACAAUCAAGGGCACAGCACACAGAUGGCAAGACUCAGACAAUCACUUUCUCAGAGCGAUGGAGCAAACAAAUCCUGGGCACUUAACCAGAAUGCUGAGCUACGGAGUCGCUUAAACCGGAUACAUUCAGAGUCUAUUAUUUGUGAUCAGGUUGUCAGUGUAAAUAUUAUUCCUAGCCCUGAUGAGCCUGGGGAGCAAAUCCAUGUCAGUCUCCCCCUGUCGCAGCAAGCUGCUAAUGAGAGCCGGCUUUCUAUGUCUGAAUCUGUCUCGGAAUUCUUUGAUGCUCAGGAGGUGCUCCUCUCAGCUAGCUCGUCAGAAAACGAGGCUUCAGAUGAUGAGUCUUACAUCAGUGAUGUGAGUGAUAAUAUAUCUGAGGACAAUACCAGUGUGGCAGACAAUAUUUCCCGUCAAAUCCUAAAUGGAGAGCUUACGGGAGGCGCAUUUCGAAAUGGACGGCGAACUUGCCUCCCAGCUCCAUGUCCUGAUACUAGCAACAUUAAUCUGUGGAAUAUUUUAAGAAACAACAUUGGUAAAGAUCUAUCUAAAGUCUCUAUGCCUGUGGAAUUAAAUGAGCCCCUCAACACUCUGCAGCAUCUCUGUGAAGAAAUUGAAUACAGUGAGCUCUUAGACAAGGCUUCAGAAACUGAUGACCCAUAUGAGCGCAUGGUUCUCAUUGCUGCAUUUGCAGUUUCAGGAUAUUGUUCUACCUACUUCAGAGCAGGAAGUAAGCCAUUCAACCCUGUGCUUGGUGAGACGUAUGAGUGCAUUCGAGAAGACAAGGGAUUCCGUUUUUUCUCAGAGCAGGUUAGCCACCAUCCACCCAUUUCUGCCUGUCAUUGUGAAUCAAAGAAUUUUGUGUUUUGGCAAGAUAUAAGAUGGAAAAACAAGUUCUGGGGGAAAUCCAUGGAAAUCCUACCUGUGGGAACAUUGAAUGUGACACUUCCAAAGUAUGGAGAUUACUACGUAUGGAACAAAGUCACUACCUGCAUUCAUAACAUCCUCAGUGGGAGGAGAUGGAUAGAGCAUUAUGGAGAAAUCACUAUUAGAAACACAAAGAGCAGUAUUUGUAUCUGUAAACUCACAUUUAUUAAGGUGAAUUAUUGGAAUUCUAAUGUAAAUGAAGUCCAAGGGAUUGUCAUGGAUCAGGAAGGAAAGGUAGUUCACCGCCUCUUUGGAAAGUGGCAUGAAGGAUUAUACUGUGGCGUUCCACCAUCAGCAAAGUGCAUAUGGAGGCCAGGUUCCAUGCCAACUAAUUAUGAGCUCUACUAUGGCUUUACAAGGUUUGCUAUUGAACUCAAUGAAUUAGAUCCUGUCCUGAAAGAUCUUCUUCCUCCAACGGAUGCUAGAUUCCGGCCAGAUCAAAGGUUUUUGGAAGAAGGGAAUUUAGAAGCAGCAGCUGCUGAGAAGCAAAGAGUAGAAGAGCUUCAAAGAUCUCGAAGGCGAUACAUGGAAGAAAAUCACCUGGAACAUAUACCAAAAUUUUUUAAAAAAGUCAUUGAUGCCAAUCAAAGAGAAGCAUGGGUUUCUAAUGACACCUAUUGGGAACUUCGAAAGGAGCCUGGCUUUAGCAAAGUAGAAAGCCCUGUACUCUGGUAACCCAAGACUAUAGAUCUGAGUACACAUAUCACACUCUGAAUGAAUAAAUAACUAUGCACAAUGAUGUUUCUUAUAGCUAAGCGUGGUUUGUGGGUCUACAGAAAACUUACCAUUUGCUUUUCUAUUCAUCUUUAUAAUGGACUUUCAAAAGUGCAUUAGACCAGGCCCCUGACCACUUUGGGAUUUUUUCUGUUUUGCUGCAGCCAUACUCCUUAAAACGUCCUCACCCUUGAAACGCAGAAUAAAGGGAGCAGAUAAAAGUAAUCCAAAGUCCGAAGAGCUUGUAAAGAAAAAAAAAACUGUACCUGGUGCUUAAAGCCAACCUCGAGAGUUCAAAAUACUAUGUAUAAAUGUAUAAAAUAUGAAUUUGGUCAUUCGCUUGGAAGAGCCAUGAUUAUAUACUAUAAACUCCUGGAUCACAGCUCUGGGUCAGUUCAGGCUUGACGUUUGUCUGUCCUGUGAUGUGACAUGCUUGUGCUGGCCUUGUUAAGCAACAGUGGCAACAACAACAAAACAUAAUGCUUUGGGAAACCUGUUCCAUUCAUACACCAUUGUUCAUGCCUUAAGAAAUGUGAAGUUGUAAAAUAAAUCAUUUUAAAAUGUAUGCUCUUAGGCUGGUGUGAAGAACAGCUCUUUUUGAAGUAUGAUAGGAUCUCCAAUUAGGGGGUCAAAGCAGUCCCAUAAAGGAGCAUAAAUGGGUAACCACAUGGCAAGGAGAAGCAACAGAGCUGGCUCUUUGGUGAGAUGGAUGCUGGGGUUGGGAUCCAUCAGCAGAGAAACAGAAAGCUGCAUCUGGGUUGCUAGUUAAGAAAUUCCUAUCCUAAAAUAACCUUCUCUGAAAAAUAAUCCCUGCUGGUCUUGAAAUCACAGUGAACCCAUUUAGUGGACAAAAUCUAAUUUGCAUACUUUGCAACAGUGUUAAGAAAUCUUUGAAGGAGAACCUGGAGGACGUGAAUAACUCUUCAGGGCUCUAUAGUACUAUAAUCUUAACUGUCAUUUUUAUGUAAGGCACAGAGGAGAUUUAAUUACAUAGAUUUAGAGCUGGGAUUUGUCAUCAUAUUGCUUGCCAACCUCCUGACUCCCUCAUCCAGGAUCCCUAGAUAAUUUUCAGUAGGAACAGGAAGAGGAACACCUACCUAUUAGCAUUAAUAACUGCUUAUUUGUGUUGUCUAAAUGAGUGCUAUGCAAAACUGUGUUCUAUGUUUUCCAUUAAGUGAUUCUGAGUUUGUUUGUUGUUUUUUUUUUUUCAGGGAGGAAAUAAGAUUUUUGUUGGUAGAUGGCCAUUUAUUUAUCAAGCACUUAAGAGCUUGUUUUUUUUUUUUUUUCCAACUCUGAAAGAGGAAUGGAUCAAGGAAAUCAUCGCUUACCCCAAAAGUGGCCAUACCUGUAUUUUGCAUAAUUUAGGGCCUGUUUUUCCACUACCACCCACAGGGGAAGGUUAAGCAGGCAACUUGCAUCAGUAUUCACAGUUUGUUUUGCAUGUAAAUGGCAAAAAUUAAUGCCUGUAUGAAAAUCUCAAGAGAUUUUCUUACAAAAGAUCUACAUAUACACUCAUAUAUUUAUUCUUAGUUAGAGCCCUAUAAUUGGGCUACAACUGUUAUCUUAAACUGAUAACAAGAUCAUUAAAAUUUUACUUGUUUAAUCACUCAUAGUGAUUCUAGUAUUUAUCACACCCAACAAAAAAGUCAAGACUUGAAGAAAAAAAUGUAUAUUCCAUUCUUUAGAUAACACCUGUUUCAGGAGUAAAAAGAAAAUUCUAAUGAAAGCAUAGGUAAAAGUGAUAGAAUCUUUCAUAGGCUAACCAGUUUAGUUAAUAUGGCUAGACAGGGCACAAAUUCAGGGCUUCCUGUUUAAUCUGAUAGGAACAAAAAUAGGGUAAAGCUUUACAUUCGUUUGUAUAAGGUAUGCAGACCAUAUUAAGUUAGCAAAUAACCAGAUUUUGGCAUUUCCCUUAGACCACAUGAAUUUUAUCUCCUUCCCACUUUCCCAAUUAUCCCCAUUCCACCUCUGUGGGUAGUUCUACCCACGGGAUUACAUGCCUUCUUCCAUGCUCAACCCACUCCUCUGUCUGUCCACACAGCUUGCUAAGGCGUAUGCUUUUAAACAGAAUCCUCUUGACCUCUUCUUGUGAAAACAGCUGCUGACCUCCUGUAAUUAAUGUUUGAAGCUUCUUUCUCCUGCCCUUAAGAGUACCUCCUUGAAGUCUCUCGUAACACAGUCCAACCAUAGGGGAAGUGUUGUACAAAAUAAGUGGUUAUUAAAGACAUGGUUGCAGAAAAGUAAUGCAGGAGAUAGCUUGAUGAGGCAGUUUGGGAAGGAUAAAUAGAAAUUUGCCAUAUUAUAGAAUUAAAUCAGAAAGAAUAAAACUUCUGUGGAGGGUGUGGAGUCUGAGAUGGUAAAAGAUCAUUUAUUAGAAAAUAGGUUUUGAUUUUACAUCUGGCAGAAGCUAGCUUGAUGGUCUCCAAUUGGAACUGAGGAUAUGAGAAAUAAAACACAUACACACACACAGACAUUUAGAGUUUUCAAGUCCACCAGGCUUACACUACAAAUUACAUAUACAAGUUAUUUAACAUCUCAAUACCCCAAACAAUU